CUAUUUUCAAAGAAUCCCUGGGAGAUACAAUAAGGGAGGGGACAGAACAUGAUAUAAAUUGAGCGGUGUUGGGAUAACAGUCAUCCUUCAUUCGUCCUGGCUCUCUGAUCCACAUCCUGAGAAAUGGCACAAUGGAAAAAUCCACAACAAGCGGGUACCAUCCAGCACAGAAUUAAUUCACGUGGAAAACAGGAGUACUUCAUCAAAGGGCAGCAUGUGACUUUAGAAACUCUGAGAGAGCAAAUGUCCCUCCAGGACCCUCAAAAUCCUAUGAUGAGGUAUUUAGAAAAGGACAUCCCACCCUACCCAACUCCAGUUGAAUUCUGGGUUUCAAAAGUAGCCCAUGUUACUGCAAAAUCAGGAUUUGAUGGGAUACUGGAGUCUGAACAAUUCAAGCCUGGAGCAGGAGAGUUCUCAUGGUGGGGCUUGAAAAUUAACAAAGAGGAUAUAUUAGCAGCAGAGAAGUUCUACAAGGAACAGAACUUAGGACACCAAGCACAAGAGCUGAAAAAGCAGGAGCCAUUUCUGGAGAAUUUCACACUGUCACCCUUAUUCAAAUCAGAUACAUCUCGCUACGGUAAUUAUCGCUUCACGUUUCCCCUGAGUGAGCUGAUGCAGUGGUACAAGGAACAGAACUGUGGAGGAGAAGAGCCGGUUCUCAGAGUGUAUGAGACCGUCACCUACAAACAGGAGAUCAUGUAUACUGUGCUGAUUCACAGUCCUGAGAAUAACAAGCGUUUUAAAGAAUACCCGCUUCUUGAAAGAAAUAAGUUGGUUCGUUAUCAGGAUGGGAAGAUUAUCUGGAAAGCACAAGCCAUUUGUGAAACACACUGGUAUCAGUUUGUUUUAGGAAAAGCACAAAGGCUAUAUAAUCAUCAGUUUUAUGUCUGGGAUCAUGUUAGUUUAGUCUUUCACUUGCCAAAUGAUGCAUCUUUUAAAAUCCCCAGAAUGCGCCUUAAAGAAGCCCUCGAUGGCUGUAAACUUGAUGAGAUAAAUCUCUCAGGGUACCGUGGUCCUCAAACCAAAGAGGAACGCUUCUCGGCAACUGAAACAAAAAUGCACAUUGAAAACGAUGGAAGUGAAAGUGAUGGAAGGUUUGAAUUUAAAAAAUGGUGGUAGACCCAUGAGUGGAAAUGAUUAAAAAUAGCAGUUAGAACAUGAAGAGGAUAAAAAGCAAUCAAACAUUGUGAAACAUAUUCAUGGAUUAAAAGUGCAAAAUACAACUCAUACAAUAUAUUUUACCCUACUAUCAUAUUUCACCACAUAAGAUUUCAUACUUAUAUCUCUCAUGUUAUUUCUAUCAUUUUAUAAUCAUGAUAUUUUUUCACAUAUGUUUUGCAGUUUAAAAAAUUUGUAAUGAUACUUUUCUGGAUUUGUUAUAAGUGCACAAAUUAUACAAAUUAUGUAACAGAGCAAAAUAAAAGCUUUUUUUUAUC